UCAGAUGUCCCGUUAGCCACGGCUCUGGCGCUCCAGACCCUCCGUCUGCGGCAGCGGGGGCUGGCGGCCCCAGCCCCUGCUCGGCCCCCUCCCCCAACCUCAUGCCUCAGCACUAACCCCUCCGCCCUCCCCUGCGGGGGGCAUCACCCCGUGCCCCCUGCCCGCCCCAUCCAACUCGGGCGCCAUGAACGACCAGUACCACCGGGCGGCCCGGGAUGGCUACCUGGAGCUCCUCAAGGAGGCCACCCGGAAGGAGCUGAAUGCCCCCGACGAGGAUGGCAUGACCCCCACACUCUGGGCCGCCUACCAUGGCAACCUGGAGUCGCUGCGCCUCAUCGUGAGCCGCGGGGGUGACCCAGACAAGUGUGACAUCUGGGGCAACACGCCCCUGCACCUGGCAGCUGCCAAUGGCCACCUGCACUGCCUGUCCUUCCUGGUGUCCUUCGGGGCCAACAUCUGGUGCCUGGACAACGACUACCACACGCCGCUGGACAUGGCCGCCAUGAAGGGCCACAUGGAGUGCGUGCGCUACCUGGACUCCAUCGCGGCCAAGCAGAGCAGCCUCAACCCCAAGCUGGUGGGCAAGCUGAAGGACAAGGCCUUCCGCGAGGCCGAGCGGCGCAUCCGCGAGUGCGCCAAGCUGCAGCGCAAGCACCACGAGCGCAUGGAGCGGCGCUACCGGCGGGAGCUGGCCGAGCGCUCCGACACGCUCAGCUUCUCCAGUCUCACGUCCAGCACCCUGAGCCGCCGGCUGCAGCACCUGGCGCUCGGCAGCCCCCUGCCCUACUCGCAGGCCACGCUACACGGCACCGCUAGGGGCAAGACCAAGAUCCAGAAGAAGCUGGAGCGGCGCAAGCAGGCCGGCGAGGGCACCUUCAAGGUCUCCGAGGACGGCCGCAAGAGCGUGCGCUCGCUCUCGGGCCUGCAGCUGGGCAGCGACGUGAUGUUCGUGCGCCAGGGCCCCUACGCCAACCCCAAGGAGUGGGGCCGCGCCCCGCUCCGGGACAUGUUCCUCUCGGACGAGGACAGCGUCUCCCGUGCCACGCUGGCGGCCGAGCCUGCCCACUCGGAGGUCAGCACCGACUCAGGCCACGACUCCUUGUUUACCCGCCCCGGCCUGGGCACCAUGGUGUUCCGCAGGAACUACUUGAGCAGCGGGCUGCAUGGGCUGGGCCGCGAGGACGGGGGGCUGGACGGGGCGGGCACGCCGCGGGGUCGGCUGCAGAGCUCCCCCAGCCUGGACGACGACAGCCUGGGCAGUGCCAACAGCCUGCAGGACCGCAGCUGCGGGGAGGAGCUGCCCUGGGACGAGCUGGACUUGGGCUUGGACGAGGACCUGGAGCCAGAGACCAGCCCGCUGGAGACCUUCCUGGCCUCCCUGCACAUGGAGGACUUUGCCGCCCUCCUGCGGCAGGAGAAGAUCGACCUCGAGGCGCUGAUGCUGUGCUCUGACCUCGACCUCCGCAGCAUCAGCGUCCCCCUGGGGCCGCGCAAGAAGAUCUUGGGGGCCGUGCGGCGGCGGAGGCAAGCGCUGGAGCGCCCGCCUGCCCUGGAGGACACAGAGCUAUAACCAGGGGCUUCUCUCCCCAGACCAAAGUGAAUUGCAAGUUGCCACAACUCACGACGGUGGGGGCAUGAGGUCCUCACAGCUGCCAGCCCUACGGCCCCCUUCUCCAACAGCAAGGACCAUGUGGGUUGUCUCCUUUGAAAGCCUGUCCACACCCUGAAGCAGAGGGUGUGGCCUGGAGGCACCCAGAGGGGCAAGAGAACAUCCCAGAGCACCAUUUCUGAGGGGUCCUGAAGGCCCUGAACCACCCCCAUCUGAGCAGCCCUACAGGACAUGUGGCUUUGUGGAAGCCCAGGCUCAGAGGGAGGGUAGGGCACCAGAGCUGGAUGGGAGUAGGGG